AGUCAGGUCUUAAACGAGAAACAACGCGGACAGUCAGACAGACGGACUGAGAGGACAAACACAGACACAACUCACUCACUCAUCUUACAAUAUCUGCACACUUUACAACCCGUUUCAUUCGGGGCGAAACCAACUGCCAUGUAGUUCGGUCUUCAACGCUUCCAGUUGACAAACAAAACAACACCGACACGCUAAGAUGUUUUCAAAAUGUGUGGCAGAGCUGAAGAUGAAGAACAACCCCAAGGAUAAAACCCUGAUGUUUGUCGGCAGGAAGGGGGACCUUGAUCUGUUUUCAAGAUGUGUGGAAGAGCUGAAGAUGAAGAACAACCCCACAGAUAAAACCCCGACGUUUGUCGACAGGAAAGACGGCCCGAAUCUGACGCAGAGAGUGAAAGAGCCGAGGAAGAUACACAACCCCAAGGAUAAAACCCUGACGUUUGUCGACAGGAACAACAAACAUCAACGUGAAGUUGUGACAAUUCAGGUGCAGAUAGGGAAAGAGCUGAAGAAGAUGCAUGACCCCAAGGAUAACACCCUGACGUUUGUCGACAAGGAGGAGGACCUGGAUCCAGCAUUGAGUGUGAGGAAGAUGUACGACCCCAAGGAUAAAACCCUGACAUUUGUCGACAGGCAGGACGACCUGGAUCCAGUGUCGUCAGACGAUGGUUGUCUCAAAGGACUGAUGUCAUGCGGCCAUGCUGUCACCCCGGAAACUCUAACGGGGUGGUGUCGCAGUAGGUUGGACGAGGGGGAUUACAAGUUCACAUGUCCUGCUCUAGUAAACGGUACCAAAAAAUGCAAUAAACUUUGGUCAUACCAGGAAGUGCGCAGGCUGGCUGAUUUGUCUCCUGAAGAAAUGCAAGACUUUGAAAUGACCAUGGCCCACCUCGCUGUUACAUCCUACUGUGAGACUCAGCCAUGCCCACAUUGCAAGACAUACGUGGAGAGAACAGAUCUAUCCAACCUGUGUGUGACAUGCACCAUUUGCGCAGCUGAUGAUCCCACAUACUCCCUCUUCUGCUGGCAGUGUCAAAAGCCGUGGAAGGGUGUUGCCCCCCAACGUUACCGAUGUGGCAACUCCGGCUGUGUCAACAAGGACCUGCAGAUUCUGAAGUCAUGCCGCACCAUCAGUCUUCCUGAGGUGAGGGGCGCUACCAACUGCCCUUCAGUGCGAGCCUGUCCCACAUGUGGCUUGAAGGUGGAGCACAACCAGCAGCACUGCAAAAACGUUACCUGCCCUCGCUGCCAAGCGGUGUUCUGCUUUAUCUGCCUGCAACGAAAGCGUAAAUGCAGUAAAACCAGUACGCCGUUUCAAAUGUGUGUCAGUGGUGUGGCUCCCAGACAGACCUCCAUUCCAAUAUGGCACAGAAGAUGAAAAACGACAAAGGCCCGUCUCAGCAUGAAGUGGCAAUGGCACUGAUUUUAAUUUUAAUGCUGUUACUUUAGGUGAUAUUUACAAAGACCUACAAACCACUAUACUGAGAAACACACGGAGAGUCAUGUCAAGCUCAAUCAGCACUGUCAACUUGUUUGACAAGGGUUUGAAUACAAGACAUUUAUAUAUAUUUAAAAAAAAAAAAACUUGGUGUCAUUAGCACAAAUAGUGAACAAUUAAUUUUCUGCCAGUGUAAACAAAAUGGUUGUUAUUGCUGCUGCUUCACAAAAGCAUUAGUAACCAGCUCUGUUCACAGUGAUCUGCUUUUUGCACACUCGUAUAAUCCAGUUUGCACAUCUUACUUUGUAAUAAUAAUACCGUAAUAAUUUAAAUUGUAUGACCUGUAGUAAUGGAACUUCUCCCUUUUGGGGUCACCACACCAAAAUCACAAGUGUAUAUAUUUAACAAUAUUAAUAUAUAUAUAAAAAAAACAUGUUAAAUAAUAUAAAUGUAAAAUGGGUAGACUUUAAAUCAUGACGUGUGUGAAGCCAUACCAGAAUCUAACACUAUUAUUUUCCAAUAUAAAAACCUCACUGCCUUUGUAUUAAUAAAAAUUGUAAUUAAA